UUCAACUACAUUACAGUGAGCGAGCUUGUCGAAAAGAAAACACAAUUUGGAAGUAAAGAAGACUUUCUGGAAUUAGUUCUGGCUGUAUUUGAAAAAAGACAAACGAAAGUCCAUACCCUAGCUAACUUUGUGACAGACGGAAUGUGGACAUUGUCGUAGUCAGAGCCAUGGCUGACAAGAGAAAACUUCAAGGUGAGAUCGAUAGAUGUUUGAAAAAAGUAGCUGAAGGCGUAGAACAGUUUGAAGAUAUCUGGCAAAAGCUCCACAAUGCAGCCAAUGCAAAUCAGAAGGAAAAAUAUGAGGCUGACCUCAAGAAAGAGAUUAAAAAACUACAGCGAUUGAGAGACCAGAUAAAAACAUGGGUGGCCUCAAACGAGAUCAAAGACAAAAGGCAGCUAGUCGAGAACCGCAAACUUAUAGAGACGCAAAUGGAGCGGUUUAAGGUGGUGGAACGUGAAACAAAAACAAAAGCCUAUUCUAAAGAAGGCUUGGGGCUCGCUCAGAAAGUGGAUCCAGCUCAGAGGGAAAAGGAGGAAACGGGACAGUGGCUAACAAAUACGAUAGACACUCUAAAUAUGCAGGUGGAUCAGUUUGAAAGUGAGGUGGAAUCUCUUUCAGUACAGACGAGAAAGAAGAAGGGUGAUAAAGAGAAGCAAGACCGUAUUGAAGAGCUCAAGCGGUUGAUUGAGAGGCAUAGAUUCCACAUUCGUAUGUUGGAGACCAUUUUACGAAUGCUGGACAAUGACUCUGUGCCAGUGGAUGCAAUCCAGAAGAUCAAGGAUGAUGUUGAAUACUACAUUGAUUCGUCCCAAGACCCAGACUUUGAGGAGAACGAAUUCCUGUAUGAUGACUUAGACCUGGAAGACAUCCCUGCAGCAUUAGUUGCAACUUCUCCGUCAGGUCAGGGAAAUGUGGAAGAUGAGAUGUAUCUCCACUCCAGCAGCACUCCCACUUCCACCACCUCCUCUUCACCCAUCCCUCCAUCCCCGGCCACUUGCACUGCUGAGAACUCAGAGGACGAUAAGAAAAGGGGACGGUCGACAGACAGUGAAGUUAGUCAGUCACCUGUGAAGAAUGGCACCCCAUCCUUGCUAUCUUCUUUCUCUUCCUCCACCACCUCUGGGUCCUCCUCAUCCUCCUCCCUUGUGUCCAUGGCGAGUGUUGUUGGAGGCAUUCCUCCAGUCCCCACGAGCAGCAGUCUAAUAGGAAGCUUCAGCAGUGCGGUGCAGCAACAUCAACAUCAACCUGCACAACAGCAGCAACAACCUCAGCCACCAAACCAACCGCAGCAACAACAGCAGCAGCCAACUCAGACAAAACCUUCUGUCCCCUCAAACAACACCCCCAGCCCACCCAGCAACCCCCUACUCCCAGCCUCCACUGCCCCCUCUCUACUUACACCCAGCACACCCAGUUUAUCAGUUCCCAACUCUCAGUCUCAGCCCACAUCCGGGCCCACCCCAGCAUCCAGUUUGGGAAUCGGGCUAGGGCUGGGAUUGAGCAAAGGUGGCCUGACAGGGACCAGCAGUGCCAACCAAAUGCCUGGUUUAGGGCUGGGUGGCCACCCCACACCUCUAAACACAAUGGCAGGGCUCCUUUCGGGUUCCACACCUGCCCCUUACGCUCAGGCAGCAGCAUCAGGAGGCUUGGGUCUGAGCAGCACCACCCAGUCCAGCAUUUCAGUGGAGAGCAGCACUUCCAUUCCCACCUCUGGCUCCAGUGGAGUCACUACCAACGGGGCGGGGACAGGGCUUGGUUUACUCGGUUCCAGUCCGGCUCACAGCUCUCUGAGUGGGAGUAUUCUGGGUCUGGUUCCUGGCCAAAGUGUGGCCCCUGGUGCCUCACAGGUGCCCCCAAGUUCUGUCAGCACUACCUCCAGUGUAGUUGGCAUGAUGGGAGGAAAUGGAGGGAACGUCGGCGUGGUUGGAGGAGUAGGGGUGAAUGCUGCUCCUGCUAGACCACCAAGUGGACUCAAGCAAAAUGGAAGCACAAGUUACAGUGCUGUAGUAGCAGAGAGCUCCACAGAAUCAGCUCUAAGCACACCGAGCCAGUCGCAAAGCAGCCAACCCUCAUCUCUCAGUUCCUCAACCAGUCAGCCGAUGGACAAUGGUCCCAGUUUAAUCAGCUCCAUUACCCUGCCUCCCAGCUCUCCGUCCCCCUCAUUCUCAGACAGCACACCUGGUGGAGGGAGUCUUCUCAAUGGGCCCCACUCCUACACACAGGCCUCUGAGGGCCUCAAGGCUCCUGAGCCUCUCAGUUCUCUGAAGGCGAUGGCUGAGAGAGCAGCACUGGGAUCAGGCCUAGAUGGAGAGAUUCCCAACCUGCACCUGACAGACAGAGGUCGGAAUGACAUCUUCUCUGGUUCAUCUGCGGCACCCGGCACACCUGCCGCCCCUCAGCCGUCCGUGUCGGAAGUCAGCAUCCCCCCAUCGCUCGGGGUCUGUCCACUGGGCCCCACCCCUCUCCCCAAAGACCAGCUCUAUCAGCAGGCCAUGCAAGAGUCCGCCUGGACACACAUGCCACACCCCUCAGACUCUGAGAGGAUCAGGCAAUACCUGAUGAGGAACCCGUGUCCCACCUUGCCAUUCCAUCAUCAGAUACCACCGCACCACUCUGAUUCCAUAGAGUUCUACCAGAGACUGUCCACAGAAACUCUCUUUUUCAUCUUCUACUACCUGGAGGGCACCAAGGCUCAGUAUCUGUCUGCCAAGGCUCUGAAGAAACAGUCAUGGAGGUUUCACACCAAGUACAUGAUGUGGUUCCAGAGGCACGAGGAGCCCAAGACUAUCACUGACGAGUUUGAACAGGGCACUUACAUUUACUUUGACUAUGAGAAAUGGGGCCAGAGGAAGAAGGAGGGGUUCACCUUUGAGUAUAGGUACCUUGAAGACCGAGACCUGCAGUGACAGAGGGAGGGAUGCGAAAGGACAGAGAGAGACAAAACGUGCUGCUGUUGACAUUCCGAGACUGAACUCCAAACUGUGGAUAGAGAUUGUGAUGUGUAGUAGAAACCCUCUCCUGCAAUGGAGACUGGUGUCUGUAUAGGCUGCAUCUCAACGGGAAGCCCUUGCUCCUCAUGUAGCACUUUGCUUUUGACAAAAAUGCCCCAUGGGCCUGAUCAGAUGCAUUGUGCUGCAUGAGCUGGGAGGGUUCUCAUUAGAGAUCUGCGUUUGUGCCUGUCUGUGUGCACACUCAGUAUGUGGCAUUAGGAAAGCCUACCCCAUGCAUGUUUCUCAUGUUUUUUUCUUUUUCCGUUUCAACAAGAUUCUCUGUACCACCUACCCAACAUGAGCCUGGAAGCCUUUGACUUGACACAAAACAAACCUUGGAUUUGAUUGUUAAGUAAACUGCCCAUCUUGUAUUUACUGUAAUUUGGUGGUUUAGAAUGGGGGACGUACAGUGGACAUUUAGUCAUGGUGUGUAGGAACGGCUUCUUUUAAGACCCUACGAUGCCUGUUGAAUAUGGUCACUAUUAGAGAUAGUGAGCGGUUAUCAAUAGUUUUAUUGAUAUUGUCUUGGUCGAUUUAAAACGCUGAUUGAGAGUGACCACAGGGCCUCUCCCUGUGACAGGGAAAGAGUCCUUAUUGGACAUGGAUUAAAUUGCUAUGCAAUUGAACUGGUCUCUGACUCCCUCUCUUUACAAAUAAAAUGGUUUUUAAGUUAACCUGUCAAAGAAAAUGCAUUAUUAUGGCGCAUUCAUGUUUGUGACAAAUUAAUAAAUCUGUAAAAUAAAUCUUUAAAAUAGGGUUUGAGACAUUAAUCUACUUGAUGUUUGAUUCUUACACCAUUGAGGAAUUGUCAUCAUUCUCAAUGCAAAAUGCCACGCUGAGCGUAGUGAAUGUACCUGUAUCCAAAUCACCUCUUAAUUACUCUUUAGAUAAUAAAUCUGAGUUUGGUUUGAGUCAACUUCCCACCUUUAGUUAAGGUUUUAUUCUAUUCUGUUGAUGUUACUUCAUCCUAAAAUCCACUGUGUUCAAUUUACCACCUGAUAUUUUAAGUGAAAACCCUAUACAGUGAAUGUGCACUGACAAAUUGUUUACAUGUAGAGUGAAAACAGAAAUCCUAAAAUUCUGGUGGUAGAUUUAACUCAUGGGUCAAGUAGAACGUAUCUCGUCUACCGUGGUUGUUCAUGUGCUACCCUGAAGAACAAUAAGAUUUAAUCUGGUCCUGGAUCUGGUGUGGGACAGAUCCCACUUUUUCUUGGCAGUUUGAAUGGGGAGAGUGUUUAACUGAAGAUUUUUCCAUUUAAGCAACCGUGAAAACUUAAGAUCUGUACUGCAGUUAAAAUUUUAUGUUGUGUGUGAUUAGUUUUCAGGCUUUUUUGGGGGGGAGGGAAAAGGGGGGAUGAUGAUGUGAAAAAAGGAAAAUACAGCAAAGUUAUGAGAGAUUUGCCUUUUAUAGAUUCUAUUUUUUGGGGCUUAUAAGGUUUUCAGGAAGGGAAGGUCAGUUAAGAAAUUGCUAAAAUGUGAAUUUCAAGACAUAUUUACAGUUUUUCUCAUCACAGUUCUGCAUGGGAGAUGUCAUAAAACGGGGUUAUA